UGUCAAUUAAUUUCCAUAUCUUUUUACUCGUUCUGUGAUUAUAAUAGUUUCGUAAUAGUGUAUUUUCUAUUUAUUUAAAUUAUCAUAAAUGUGAAACCGAUAACUAACCGAUAAAAGUGCUAGCACUUUCCAUAAAUUUUAGUAUAAAAGGUAUAAUGCAAUGAGGAUCGGCUGGAUUCAUAGACUUGUUAAUAGAUGGCCUGGUAAAAAGACUUUCGGAAUUUAUAGAUUUCUACCAAUGUUCUUUGUACUGGGAGCUGCUUUGGAAUUUUCUAUGAUUAAUUGGAGAGUUGGUGAGGUCAACUUUUACAACACAUUUAAAAAGCGUCAAGCUCACGACAUUGUAGAAGAAAAGAUCAGGAAAUACGUUGCUUCAUAAGAUGCCAGCUGGAGUAACUUGGGGACAGUAUAUAUCUUUUUCUGUAGCGGCGAUGACAUCAAUGCUUGCGGGGUCUCAAGUCGUACAUCUAUACUAUAGACCACUCCAGGAUUUAAAUAAGUAUAUUGAUAAGGAGCUAAAAAAUUUCCCAGAUCAUUUACAACAUAAGAUUAGAGAAGAGUUGAAAGAAGAAGGUGUUUUAAAAUGAUUGUUUUUAUAAUUAUAUUACUGUAGUUUAUAUUAGAAAGUGUUUUUAAUAAAUAUGUGGUUACUUUAGAAA